CUGCAGGAGCACCGCUCACACAGCUCCAUGACAGCUGGACAACACAGCGAAGUCACAAACUCCAGCCAACAAGCCAGAAUAGCCUCAGAGAUCCCAGAGUUCCUCCAGCCGGGAAGGUGUGGGCUGUCAUCCACGUCCAUGUGCGUGGGUUACCUGGGCGUGUCGGUGGCACGCAGGUAGUUGCGCCAUUCUUCUUUCGCUAUCCUGGUUGUUGUCACUCUCUACUGUUGAUGGUGAAGUUUCUUCAAGACGACGGAGGGAUAAGACAGAAAACAAGGAAAGAAGGAAAAUGAGGCAGUCACGGAAUUAAAAAUAAAAUCUGAAUGCAUCAUCCUAACUUAUCCUACCUGACAACAUUUUGGACAAGUCUCUUAAGUCAGCUUAAGUGCUGCUGCACAGUAAAGUCAUUCAGAGUAAAUUAGAUUUCACCGCAAACUCUUUAUUGGCCUAUGUGUGACUAAGACCAUGAUAACAUCCAACACUCACUGACUAGCUCCCUGACAAAUGAUGCAACCAGGAGGUCCUCCCGCCCCACCACCUCCGCCACCACCACCUCCACCUCCACCUCCACCUCCUCCACCUCCACCUCCAGCCCCUGGCCUCCCUCCACCUCUACAUGGUUCGGGUCUCAUCGGAAAGGGGGGGCGCAGGAGCUCCAGAAUGCGCAAUUUCAACUGGGAAACCCUUCCAAAACAUAGUGUGAUAGGAAAGCACAACAUCUGGACAGCAGAUAAAACUGAUGGACAGUAUGAACUGGACACCGAUCACAUGGAGGAGCUGUUCAGUCACCAGCAGAACCAGCAAAAACUCAAGGCCCUCAACCGCCAGAGUCUGAGGGGCCUGCCAACUGCUGCUUCAGGAGGGGAAAUGGUUUCCAUCCUCAGCUCCAAGAGGAGCAUGAACAUUGGAAUUUUCCUAAAGCAAUUUAAGCGGCCUGUAACAGACAUGAUUCAAGAAAUUAAAUCUGGAAAUGGUCUCGGUUUUGCUCCUGGAAAACUGAGGGAGCUGUGCAAACUGUUGCCAGAUGAAGAGGAGGAGAGGCAGCUGAUCAGUUUUAAAGGUGAUCACUCUGCUGUCCCUGAAGCUGAUCUGUUUAUGCUAAUGCUGGUCAAGAUUCCCAGUUAUGUAGAGCGCCUCAAAAGCUUGGUGCUCAAAGAGGAAUUCUUCCCCCUCAUGGGUGAAAUCAAAGAAUUUAUCGGCAAUUUGACAGCUGCUGGAAAGGAGUUGCUGGAGUCUGACAGUCUCCAUUCUGUCAUUCGCCUGGUACUGAAGACCGGAAAUUAUAUGAAUGCGGGUGGUUAUGCAGGCAGCGCAAUUGGCUUCCGAAUGGCUUCUCUGCUGAAGUUAGCGGACACCAAAGCAAACAAGCCUGGAAUGAAUCUUAUGCAUUAUGUUGUGAUGCAAUCUCAGAAAGCAGACAAGGCCCUCCUUAAAUUUCCAGAACAACUCAAACACAUUGAAGCUGCAGCAAAAAUAAAUAAAGGUGAAAUUGAGGCAGAGUUUGAAAGACAGGUAAAGAAACUAAAAGACAUCAAAGCAGACGUCUCAAAGCAGGAAGACCUGAAGGAACAAAUGGAAGACUUUCUUAAGAAGGCUGAUGUCUGCUUGGCAGAAAUAGAGUCUGAUCUUCAGGAACUGCAGUCAGUGAGUGACACUGUGGCAGAGUACUUCUGUGAAGAUCCAAGCAAAUUCAAACUGGAUGAGUGUUGCUCCAUUUUCAACUCCUUUUGUGAGAAAUUUAUGCGAGCCAUGCAGGAAAACAGGGCUCGGGAGGUGGCAGAUGUGCAGCGGAGACACAGAGACAGACUGCAGUGUGCUGCAAAACGCAGGUCUACAGCGACCUGCUCUAGUAGAGACAAGGAAAUGGAUGGCAUUGCAUUAGAGUCCGUGCUACAGAACUUUCUUUCCAGUCGUGUCUCUCGGAGGAGACCUGGAAGACCUUCAUCUUCUUAUGGAAGCCCGACGACAGGCAGCCCCAACAAUGGGAGCCUAUCAGAAAUUACUUCCCAGGUAAACCUGCCCAUUGGAAAUCAAAAGAGAGGAGCCUCUUUUAGAGUUAAGGACUUGGGCAAAAAAGAGUGGAAUUCAGCAGCUGAACUUACAGAGCACUAUUUGCAAAAGAAUGUACAGUUCGCUGGUGAGGACAACAAGGCAAAAGGUGACAUUCUUCAUGAAGGUGAGAUGAAAACUUCCAGAAAAGAGGACACUAAAGGUCUUACACCCCCACUCAAUAGUACCACCAAUAUUUCCUCCUCACGGAGAUCUUUCUCAGCCACCACUGAUGAUGGUGAGGAAGAUCUACAGGACAAUAAUGAGGAAGAAGCCCAGAAGUUGCGUGAAGCAUCGAAAAAAGUUUUGCAGUUUCAGAAUAGCCGUGGCAGUGUCUCAUCUGUUGAGUUUCCUUUGGAAAAUCAGAAAUCUCCUGGUGCAAGCUCUGUGUUGCCUCGUCAGCGCACCUUUGAUGAGGAGACAGAGAGGUAUCCUGGAGACCCAACCAAUGAGGAUUUAGUUAGAUUUUUGCUCAGUCCUCAGUCCUCCUCGAAACGUAACCUUGGGCGCCGCCAUACUCUCCCUACAAAAGUCCCUAAAACUGAGGAAGAGGAAGACGAUCCUUGGGCUCAGACUCCAGUCAGAGCUCCUAACUCUGCAGCAAGAGUAAAAGAGACAUUUCCAGUGGAAGGUGCAGGACACAAUCCCUCGAAUCAAGUGUUUGACUUUACUAACAUACCUCUCAACUUUACAAAAACUGGUGCUCAAGACCAGAAUUCUCCAUCAGCAGAAAAGAAAAGCAAGCCUGAUGUUUCCGUAACCCAUGUUCCAGCUGAAGGGCUUGGGGAGCAGAGGAAUAGUGAAAAUGUUCCCCCCAAGAGUACAUGGAUUAAAACCGAAACCACUGGACUAUUUUUUAGCUUUUUAAAACGUCUUGGAGAUAUCAGCAAAUUGCCAAACAGCAAGGAAACUGUCGACAAGGGCACCGGUUCUGGUGUAUAAGCUUUGAAAGAUACAAAAUUUAAAGUCAGGGAAGCACAUGUAACUUUAGUGUUACUUAUAAUGAACUCAUCAUAGUGAUAAUAUAAUAUUAUUUUUGUAUGUUGAUCAUGCGGUCGAGCAAAGACGGAGAGAAGGUUAUAAGAAAGUGGUUUCAGAAUGUUUUUGAUGAGGAAAGGUCAAUUUGUAUGUUAUACCACUAGAUGGCAGAAUAUACCAGUAACAUGGUAAACUAUGGUGACUAGGGGUGUUGUUGAUUUCCAGGCAGACAUUUUCAAGUAAACAAAAGAUUGAUGGGCCCAACCACUGCCAAGAUUACUUACUAAAUUUUUGUCCAUGCUUAAUAAUAUUCCCUUGUCACGAUGGUAUUGUAAGUAAAUAAAUAUGGAGUGUGGAUGUAGACGGAUGAAUCAAACUGUAUGUAAAGUCUUGGUUUGAUUGUUAUUUUUGAUACUUUUUGACCACUUGUGCUGUAUAUGCUUAAUCUAAUAUUGUUAUUUCUCUGUUUCACAGUUAUGAAUAUCUUUGUUUACAGCAUCUGUCGUCACAGAAUCACAUCAAAAAUGCAGAAUGUCGAGGAUGCUUUCAGGGUCUUACUCAAUUCAUCCAUUGUUUUGGGCUUAAAUGGGUCAGUGUUACAAAAGCAGCCUGCAUCUGAGCAGAGCUGAACCAUAGACUGUCAGUUGCAAAGUGGAGGGUGGUGAUCUCACAUUAACUUGAGAAGAGAUUACUAUGAUGGAAGGACCAGGUGGCCUAUUAUAAUGGAAAGAACAAGCCUCCCUGCUUUCACGCCUGUACAUCGCUUGCGGCAAUGCCAGGCAACGAACCCAUGGCUCCACAGAGUCCACAAGAGCCAGCGAAGCCAAAGCUUGUGCCAGCACACCUAAUACUUGUAAAUUCUGGUAUCUCUUUUAGCAGUUGCUACAAUGGCUACAAUACUUAGCUUUUAGGACUAUGUUCAGCUGUCUGACUGAAGUGUAACAAUGAGGUGAUUACCUUCAAUUUAAUAUUCUCCUCAUUUAUACACUAAUCUGAGUGAUCUGAGAGCUAAACACAUAAUAUUGUAACUAAAUCAUGUUUUGUCAAAUUGUUUUUUGCAAUUUCAAAUAAAUCGAUAGAAAUAUC